AUGGCCAAAGGGAGACGCUUCAACCCGCCCUUAGACAAGGACGGAAGAUGGUUUCCCCACAUCGGACUGACGCAGAGGGCCCCGGAAUCCAUCACGAGAGCUGCGCUAAGAGAGCCCCACAGCCCGCAGUUCUCUGAGCAAGUGCAGGAGAAGCUCCCGGCCAUCUACAAGGUCCGGGAGAAGCAAGCAGCCAACAACAGCUUCCCCUUCUCCGUACAUGACAAUCGGCACAGCUUUCAGAAUUCUGGAUACUUCUUCGACUCCGGCAUGGGACGUAAGAAGAUCUCCCCAGAAAAAAGGCAACACGUUUCGAGAAAUUUCAAUCUUUGGGCAUGUGACUAUGUUCCAUCUUGUCUUGAUGGCUUUUCAAAUAACCAAAUAUCAUAUGUCUGUCAGGAAGCCAUGGUCGUCCCAAUUUUCAGGCGCUUUCCAAGACGUUAUAAUGAGAUAUGGAGCACUUUUAAAUUUAUUCCCCAGCAAAGCUACACAGAGACUUUCAAAAAGCAUCCAAAAGCCAAGUUCACUGUUGACAAAAAGGCUGGUUCUCCACCGGAGCCCUAA